AUGUCCUCUAACGCUGCACAUAUCUCGAACUCACCUCCUGCCACACCCAUAGCACCUCGAAGCCGCCGUGCCUCGAUCACCGAGAUGUUCUCUCGGCCUAGCAAUGGUGGACCACCGCCGCUGAACACCAAUGCAUCGAAUGCCGCCCCCCUCUUUACGGCAGCGGCGGCAGCGUCGAAUGCUCAGCAGCAACCACACCGUCGUCGAAUGUCAAUCACCACACUCGGGUUGUCUGGCUCCCCCACCAACCAGUCAGCUCCCUUUGGCCAGGCAGUGGCGGGCGCUACACCGACGACGGCGCCAGCAGCACCUCCGUCUGGCAGACGCCGACGGGGAAGCAUGUCCAGCUCGAUCCUCUCGAGCUCCCCAACAAUGGAACAGGCAGUCGUUGAGGAAGAGGACGAGGAAGGCGACGAUACACCACUGCCUACAUCUGCAUCCCCGUUCGCGAGGCGAGUAUCCUUCAGCUUCCGGGAUCGGGCUGCCAGUAUAAACGGUAUAUAUCAAUCCCUUUCCAUUCCGGUUCCCUCAUUUAAAUACCACACCACCUCUAUCCAUCACGGCAGGGGUGGUAGCCUUGUCAACGCCCUAUUCGUAAUUUUUACCCCACAUAUUCUCAUACUUGAGAAUGUCAAUGCUGACAACACGUCUGUCCAAACAGGUGAAGGCUUCAACUGGCCAGAAGCCCUUCGAACCAGAGCUGAACGAGCUCCGUCCCUUGCCGGAAGCUUCUCCAUGCAUCAGCAGCAGCAGGGCCAGGGUCAGGGGCAUGGGCAUGGGCAGGCACACCAACAGCCCCUCUCUGCUGGCUCGUCCACCACCUCCACCUCUCCAUCUUCCUCCCCAUCUCUGUCUUCUUCAUUCUCAUCUGGCUCGUUCUCGGGCAAACAUCAUCGGUCGGCCUCUGUUGCUACCAUGGAAGCGUAUAAGCCGCCUCCAAAGGAGCUGUUGGAGCGUCACCCGUCCUCGCCACCGCCGCCUACACAGCAGCAGAGAUCCCAGCAGCAGCAGGCCAAGCCACGGCCGAAGCCGGAUUAUUUCCAGGAAAAGAUUCUGAGGGCAGAUUUCAUGGAUUGA